GGCGAUGGUGCUGUUGACGACUAUUUCAGAUACGUUGGUCAGAGGGUUCUAUUGCGAACGAAUAUGGAGAAAGCAAUAGAUCGUGGAUCAUGACGGUAGCAGCGGGAGUGCCCAUUGUAUUGACUAUAGAUCUCUUUGUCAAGACUCUGAACCUACCGCAUUUCUCUCAGGAAUACCAGCUUUCAACCGUCUUGUACCUCCUCCUGAGCUCUAUACUCCUGUCGGACUGGGUUAUUUCUCUGUUGAUGAUAUUCUUGUUAUGGAGAUCAAGGAGAGGAUCUGUCUUGAAUAAGACGGACUCGCUCGUCACAAGCUUAAUCAUAUAUACGGUUACCACCGGAAUGGUGACUAGUAUACUUGCGUUGAUCAUUCUCGUCACAUCUGCAGUCAUGUCGAAGGCUGGAGAGACUUACAUUGGAUUCUUUUUCCUUCUUUCGCGGUCCUACUUCAUCUGUCUCAUUACAACUCUCAACCGGCGGAAUGACCUCCGCACUUACCAUCGAAACGUUUUGUCCGGUCCUCAAUCUCAAUCCAUGGCUGUAGGAUAUACUUCCACGACGGAGGAUACGGCAGAGUCUGAGCAAUUGGCUACGUUGGAUCCCGUGUUCAAAUUCACUUCCCUUCCUUCUCCCACAAGUUAUAUCACAAGCGACACCUACCUCGCCGAGGGUACACAUCCCCCCCGGGAUAGUCAUUACACCGGUUCUAAUCGAGGGGCCAACGGGAGCAAACGAUUCCCGGAAAGCCCACGUCCGCAAUCUAAGACGAAGACUCGUGACUUGGAACGUGCAAAUGGCUAUGGCCAGAUAGCGACAAAUUGGAGUGUCGCUGUGAGUCGUCGUGUUUAUCUUACCUGCUUUAUGCUCAGUUAUGGCGGAUGA